AUGACAUCCGUGCUUGAUACCACUGCCAUCGGAAAGGUUCAACGCCCCCGCAGACAUGUCAGGACACUUACUGGAUACCUGCCAGAAAAGGACCCCGAAGGCAAGGAAAAGUGGCCUAGAGGCGAGGAGAAAGUCUGGAAAGAUGGUUUGAGAAGCCUUGAUACAGGCGUGCCGUCCAUUACCAAGUCGAUCGUCAACCAUGUCCAAACCUCUCUGGCUCGCCAGCCACACGAGAUCGACAAUUUUGGAGCUUACCAGGCUGCAGCUCUCUCCGUCCGUGAUAAUCUGAUCAUCAACUGGAACGAAACACAACUGCACUACUCUCGCACCGCAGGAAAGCGGGCGUACUACUUAUCACUCGAAUUUCUCAUGGGCCGCGCCCUUGACAAUGCCCUCCUCAAUCUCGGCCUCAAGCAGCAAUACACGGAGGGGGUCGACAAGCUUGGCUUCAACAUGGAAGAUCUCCUGGCGCAGGAGCGUGACGCCGGGCUCGGCAAUGGUGGCCUCGGGCGUCUUGCCGCAUGCUACCUCGACUCUUCCGCAUCUCAGGAGCUUCCUGUAUGGGGUUACGGCUUACGAUACAGAUAUGGCAUCUUCCAGCAGCUCAUCUCUCCCGACGGACAGCAGCUGGAAGCACCGGAUCCUUGGCUGGAUAAUUCUAACCCGUGGGAGCUCCCUCGCAUUGAUGUUAGCUACGAGGUGCGUUUUCACGGUCAUGCAGAGCGCUUGAACGAUGGAAGCGGCCGCGCCGUUUGGGAGGGUGGUCAAGAGGUUCUCGCGGUCGCUUAUGAUGUGCCCAUCCCUGGCUGUAACACGCGCAACACGAAUAACCUCCGUUUGUGGGAGAGUAAGCCGAAGAGGGGAUUUGAUUUAAACAGUUUCAAUGCGGGAGAUUACGAACGCGCCGUCGAGUCUUCGAAUAGCGCAGCAGCGAUCACAUCGGUCUUGUACCCCAACGAUCACACCACCUUUGGAAAGGAACUUCGCUUGAAGCAGCAGUACUUCUGGACCGCAGCCAGUCUCGCGGACAUCAUGCGCCGGUUCAAGAACCUCGGAAGGCCCAUCACAGAGUUCCCUCAAUACGUCUCGAUCCAGUUGAACGACACGCACCCAACACUCGCCGUUCCGGAGCUCAUGCGACUCCUUGUUGAUGAUGAAGAUGUUCCAUGGAAUGCUGCUUGGAACAUCGUCACAGAGACGUUCUUCUUCACCAAUCACACUGUCCUCCCGGAGGCACUUGAGACGUGGCCUGUACCCUUGAUGCAACAUCUCUUGCCUAGGUUGUUCAUGCAGUGUAAGAAAGACAGACUCAAUCCCAUAUCGAACGUCCGACUGAUCUUUUCCACAGCUGUCGAACGGAAGUUCCCUGGAGAUAGGGAACGGCUUGCACGAAUGUCACUAAUCGAAGAGAGCGUUCCUCAGAAUGUUCGCAUGGCUUACCUGGCAUGCAUCGGCAGUCGCAAAGUUAACGGCGUGGCCGAACUGCACAGCGAACUGGUUCAGACGACUAUUUUGAAGGAUUUCGUAGAGUUCUAUGGAGUUAGCAAGUUUGGAAACGUGACCAACGGCAUCACUCCUCGUCGGUGGCUGGACCAGUGCAACCCCGGACUCAGCAGGCUCAUCACCACGACCCUGAAUAUAGAGAAGAGCGGUCUUCUUGAUUAUGUCGAGGACGAGGACUUCAGGGAAGACUGGGCAGCUGUUACUUUAGGUCUCAACAUUAAGCGGUUGCACGAGUAUAAGCGCCAAACUCUCAAUAUUCUUGGUGUCAUUCAUCGCUACCUCACUCUGAAAUCUAUGACUCCCAAGGAGCGGAAGACAAUGACCCCGCGGAAUGUCUUCUUCGCAGGCAAAGCCGCCCCAGGAUAUUAUAUCGCCAAGCUGACCAUCCGCUUGAUCGUCAACGUCGCUCGCGUGGUCAAUUCUGAUCCUGACACAAGGGACUACUUGAACGUCUUCUUCUUACCAGACUACUCAGUCACCUUGGCAGAAGUCCUUAUUCCAGCUUCGGACAUCAGUCAACACAUCUCUACCGCAGGUACAGAAGCUUCUGGCACAUCCAACAUGAAGUUCUGCUUGAACGGCGGGCUUUUGCUGGGCACUGUUGAUGGUGCGAACAUCGAGAUCGCGGAGGAAGUUGGCCCUAGCAAUGUUUUCUUCUUCGGUCAUCUGACACCUGCAGUGGAAGAUCUUCGUUACCAACACGUAUACCACCCUGUUCCUGUCGAGCAGAAGUCACCUGCUCUUGCACGAGUUCUUAACGAGAUCUCAUCUGGGUUGUUUGGCGACAGGGGCGUGUACGAGCCCCUGCUCAACACGAUUCGUCAGGGAGAUUAUUAUCUCAUUACUGAAGAUUUUGACUCCUACCUCGAGGCUCUUCGUAUGGUAGAUGAAGCCUAUAAUGACCGAACGGAGUGGAUUAAGAAGAGUAUCAGGACCACUGCAAAGAUGGGCAAGUUUAGUUCUGAUCGUGCGAUCCAAGAUUACGCGCAGGAGUACUGGAACAUUGAAAGCACCAAGGUCGAGUAA